CUGUCACUCGUUUUACAUUGACAAACCGCCCAAUUCUCCCAACCCUACAGACCACCCUUUCUUCCCAUCCACUAUCUCUCACCUCCUUAUUACAUAACUAGUCGUCCUUUACCAACACUACUACUACCAUCAAGUCAUCAUAGCUCUCACGGACCUUAAAGCCUUUGUUCUCACCAAAACACUAACAUUUUUUGUCACAUUCUUCGCUUUUGGAGAUUCAUCCCUCAGUUAAUCACGCUUGCCUUCUUCACCUACAACUUCUCUCCUAGAUCCACUUCCUCCGCCUUCAUGCACUUCUCUCUCUUCCUCUAAUUUGUUCACCUUCAGUUCCAGACACUUGUUCAAACCAAAUAAAAAAGAGACACAAGACCAAGAGUUAGGACUCCAUAGCCAUGGCUGUAACAAACAGAAGUUUGAGCCUAGUGUCGCUCACUCUAAAGAGUUGUGAAUAAGUUUCGUGAUCUUAAGCAAUGAGCCAUGGCUUCAAAUGAUGUUGAAUCGACUAGUUAUGACCAGCUUAGAUAGAUUCAUGUUUAGAAAUUUCGCAACGAGGUUCAAUGACGCCAAAUUCGAAACAUGUCUUUUUUUCAUUUGGUUUUUGCAAGUCUUUGGAAUUGAAGGUGAAUAGAUUAGAGAAGGAGAAAGAAAAGCUUCAAGACAAAGGAAGCACAAAUGGAGAGCGAGAGGAAGGCCUCACAAGAAAUCAUUGUUCGAAAGGGAGAGUAGGCAAGGAGAUAGAGUUUCCAACCGACAGCUAUGAGGGAAGGUUGAACAAAGUCUACUUAUCAAGAGGUUUCAAAGCUUAUAAUCUAACAUAUUAUAAGUCAUCAAUACCUAUUUCAAUAUCAAAAGUUAAUCAGUUUGGUGCUGCAAGAUUGGACAUAGAAAUGUCGGCAAUGUUAAAACAACAGUUGGUUAAGGUCUUCUCCUUGAUAAAGGAAUGUUAUUUCAAUAUGAGCCAGAACUUGAUGUGUUCCUUGAGUUUCUCAUCUGGCGGUUCUCAAUUUGGGUGGAUAAGCCAACUCCAGGGAGUGCUCUGAUGAAUUUGAGAUAUAGAGAUGAACGUGCAAUGGAAGCAAGAGCAAAGGGUAAGGCCUGGACCUCUUGCUUGUUCUGCUAGUUAUGUGAUUGACAAUAAGCUUCUUUAGUAGUUCUAAUUAGUAGUUUACAUCUCUAAUUAGUAGUUUGUGUAUAAUCCUUAAGAAUUGAGAAGUACGGGUUUUUAAUAAGCUUCCUUGUUACAAAUGCACUAAAGGAUUGAUUUAAGGUGCAAGUUUAGUUAUUAUUCUCGAGGAUCUAUAUCAUCAUUCUAAUUGCACAGUAACAGAAGUUUUCUAGCUAUAAAUUGGUGUAACGGCAUCCGCUUCUGGUGUAUGAAAGCACAUGCACAAAGGUGUAUUGUAAGGUUAUUGAAAUAAUAUUCUUUACAGUGUUUUCAAUCCACUGGGACCAUUUGAAAUUUCAAAGCUCGGUUGGAUUGUAGUUCUUUUGUGUACUUCAUUUUAUAACAUAUAUAUUUUCUUUUCCAGAUCAUGAUACAGAGUUGUUGUGAGGUCAAAAUUGUUAAAGGUUUAAGGAGCGUGACAUGGGGACUAGGAGUUCAUUUGUGUUCUACUUCCAAAAGCUAUAUAUAUUUCCGUGAAAACCUUUCAUUCAAGUAUUUCUUACGUCAGCUUCAUCUUUUACAAACCUACUGUAAUUUGUUUUCCUUUUUUUUUUUUUUUUGUGU